GUCUUCUCCUUCGUCUCAACUGUCCGUCCGAACCCGUCCGACCUCCGGAUAGAACCGCUCCAGAACCGCUCCAGAACCCGGGAACACCGCACACCCGCCGCCGACAGCAGCAGCUCCUCCGCCGGCCUCCGGUAUCCACGGGAGAUGGCGAGGCCGAGCCACAGUGAUCAUGUCCUCCAGCAGCUCAACAACCAGCGGGAGUGGGGCUUCCUGUGCGACUGCCUCAUCGCCAUCGGGGACAUCUACUUCAGGGCGCACAAGGCGGUCCUGGCGGCCUGCAGCUCCUACUUCAGGAUGAUGUUUAUCCGGGACCAGCAGGGGGCGGGUCGUCUGGACCUCAGCAACAUGCAGAUCAGCGCGGAGUGCUUCGACCUCAUCCUGCAGCUCAUGUACCUCGGACGCAUCGUCGUGGGCAGCUACGAGUUUGAAGAGCUCAAGGCCUCCAUGGCGUACCUGCAGAUGUACUACAUCCCCGACUCGCUGGAGGAUCUCAGGGACAUCAGGAGCUCCAAUCUCACCCCGUCCUCCUCAGCGUCCUCCUCCUCGUCCAGUUCCUCCACUGGCCCCGCUGCUGGGAAAAUGAUGUUUGGAGUCCGCAUGUACGAGCAGCAAAGGCCCGCUGCACCGGAAGCAGAGCGCUUACCGAAACCUGUCAGCAGCUCCGCCGGGCGUCCAGCUGUUCCUGCAACCGUCAGCAGACCGGUGGUGGUGGAGGAAGUGGUGAACACUCCUCUGAUAGUGGCACCGCCGGUGGUAGACGGAGGAGUCGAGCAGCCAUGUGAUUUAAGAAAGAGGUCCAGUGGCAGAAGUUCAGCUCUCAAAGACCGUCCUCGGUUUGGCCGCACCUACACCUGCGACGACUGCGGUUUCGUCUUUAGCUGCGAGAAGCUUUUAAUAGAACACAUCCUGACAUGCACCAACCGGAAGGCCUUUCAUCAGCCGAGAGGUAACGCUGAAGGGGACAACGACUCCAGUAAAGCUGAGAGCUCUGCCUCUGAGAGCAUAGAGGAACACAGGGUCAUCUGUAAAGGUGAGGACGACUGGCCCGAGGCCAAGGCCGACUCUGACCUCACCAUCAGGUCGGUGGCGGCCGGGACAGACGGCGAGCCUGGGUCGACUAGGAGCAUCUCAAUCAAGACAGAACCAGAAGAAGUCAUAUUCCCUGAGAUAGAGGUGGUCCGGGUUGGCGAGCACGCCAACAGAGACUGUAGCACAAGGUUCAGUGACACCACGCAUAAAGAUUUACGGAGGGAGAAAACUGGUUCAGACCGUGAACCAGAACCCGGUGUCUCAGGAAUGGAUAACAGCAGUGAGCCUUUCGAAGGCCACAUGUCCAGCAGUGAAGAUUCAGGAAUCCCUGUGAAGCUCCGUAAGGUCAAAGACGAGAAGCAGGACGCCGAUUGUGCCCCCUGUGAACUGUGUGGUGCUCUGUUAACCGAGGAGGACAAGUCAGCCCACUACCUGUCCAACCACAUGGGCCAUAUAUGUGCCUGUGGGAGGUGUGGCCAGGUGCUGAUCAAAGGCCGCCAGCUCCAGGAGCACGCAGAGCGCUGCGGCGAAUCCCAAGGUGGUGAGUCAGACUCCCAUGGGGAGGACGAGGCGUCCCUGCUGGAGGAGCCACAGGGGAUGGAGGAGGGCCUGCUGGAGGCGGCCGACCUGGCCUGCUCUCACUGCGGUCUGCUGUUCCAGAACGAGAGCCUGGCCCUGGAGCACGCCUUGUCCUGCCACGACCAGGAGCUGUUCCGCCCGGUGCUGCUGGAGGAGGGCACUGAACCCGAUCACCGCCGCAAACACUUCUGCAGCAUUUGCGGCAAAGGCUUCUAUCAGCGCUGCCACCUGAGGGAGCACUACACCGUCCACACCAAGGAGAAGCAGUUCACCUGCCAGACCUGCGGGAAGCAGUUCCUACGGGAGCGCCAGCUCAGGCUGCACACCGACAUGCACAAAGGCAUGGCGCGCUACGUGUGCCCGGUAUGUGACCAGGGAACCUUCCUCAAACACGACCACGUCCGACACAUGAUCUCCCACCUGUCAGCCGGGGAAACCAUCUGCCAGGUGUGUUUCCAGAUCUUCCCUGGUGGAGAACAGCUGGAGAAACACAUGGACGUACACCUGUACAUCUGCGGCGUCUGUGGAGAGAAGUUCCGCCUCCGUAAAGACAUGAGGAGCCACUAUAACUCCAAACACACCAAGAGAUUAUAGGAACCAAACCGUCCUCUGCAUUUAUACUAGUUUGUUACUAAAAAAAAGCCAUAAAUGUGAGAACAAAUGUAUGCACUUGAACACCAAAAAGAAAACUUUUUAAUCUGCACUUUUAAAGUAUAUGCAUAACCUAAAUGGGCGUUCACACUGCGAGCAGCGGGGCCAAUUACUGGUCGCCCUGUUACGACCCCGAUGGCAACAGUCGGCAGUCUCUGUGCGACUUUGGUUAGACAAGACAUUUUCACGGUUUACAAUCAGGAUUCUGUCGAUGAAAAUUAUCACAAAGUUUAGAAAUCUUGGCUAACUGUCCUCAGUGAUGGAUGGAUCACCAGCUAAAUAGCUAACUAAAUGUAUAUUACAAUUUAAAAUAUUUAUAAAGAAGCUGGGAUUUGAUAUACAGCAUUAUAUAUAUGUGAUAUUUGCAUUUCAGGUAAAUCAAACAGUAACAAAUGUCCAAGCUCACAGAGUCUAAAAUGAUACUUUAAGCUGUCCAAAAACCCAAAGAAACUAAACUAACACUGAAAAACAGGAAAAUGAGCAGUUGGAACCAGUUAGCAAAUUGUUAACAAUUAAUGUUCCGUCAAGUAACUAAUCACUUAAUCAAUGAAUCGUUUUAGCACUAGAAUGUACCAAAGUCAGGAUGGACGAAUCAUCAGAUGAACUCUGGAUUUAAGAGACUUUGUGAUUUUUGUUGAUGAGAAAAGCCCCGCCUUGCCUCGCCAUUGGUUUGGUUCGUGAUUGUGUUGCUCACAGUGUGAACGCAUGGUACGACCGGCAGUCGACUCCAGGAGAAAUCAGACCUGGUGCGUCCUCACAGUCGUACACUCGCCGCUGGGAGGAGCUUCACAAAUAGAUCACAGCUACUAUAACGAGAGUGGGGGAUGGAGGAACCGUUAGAGGACGCCCGGUUCAGGUUCUGUUUGGAGAGAAUUGUCUGGCGUCGUGUGGCUGCGAUGCCUCAAGCUUUGGGUCAACAUUUUCUAGCUUUGAUGUCAGUUUAUUUUGUUGAAUACUAAAGUCUCUGAAAACGAAACACGCUGAGUUUUUCAUGUUCUAGUUUGUGAGCAAAGUCGGUGGAAAAAGACUGAAUUCUGCUUUCUGAUUCUUUGUUUAGUGAGUUUGAUAGCACACUGAUUCAUACUCUGCCUCCCCUUUCACUCAGUUCUAGUUCAGCUUUACGUUCACUGUGUCACACUGACCACGUUUACAUGCACACUAAUUUUCCACUACUAUCCUGAAGAUGUUCCAGAUGGAGCAUUUUCCUUUUCAGACGUGAAACCGGCCAGUGUCAUUCAGGUUUUAAUCUGCUGCACGCUGUCAUUAGGAUUAACAACAGUAUGUGAGGACAAACCAAAAGUCCACAUUUCUACUUUUAAACAUUAUGAAAGACUCAGAUAUCAACAGGUUUCUGGUUAUGAGGAAAUAUCACAAAGUUUUCCAGAACUGGUUGAAAGACUGAAAGAGGGAGGCUGUGCUCAACACUUAUAAAAACCCUCCUUUGAUGCAGACAAAAUGUCUCCAGCUCCACUUUUACCACGAGGGCAACAUGACUGCCGUCAGGAGGACGGGCAGUAAUCAGAGUAAACCUUAGUUAACAGCUCAUUAUAUAUUGUAUUUGUAAAAACUGUAUUGCUUUGUGCAUGUAAACGCAGUCAGAAACUCGCUGUCCAACAUGCUCUGUGAUUGGUGCCUUUACUGUAACGGUGGUGCACACUAGCGACAGAUGUCUCCGUCCUUUUCCUUCCUGUGUUCUGCACAGUGAUGCAUUCUGGGGGAUGGACAGGCACAAGUAAGGACCCCGUUUCAAAGUGAAUAUUUAAGGAUUGUGUAAGAGUUGAACAACAGAACACUAGAAGUGGUCGGCUCAUUGAAACCAGUGUUGGGUCCGGUUGAAUGGGGUUCAGUUGGGACGAGAGGUCUGGUCACAAAAUAAUUCUGGAGCAGUUUGUUUGAGCCGACCUAAAGCACAAGGCGAACUCUGCAGGUUGGAGCUCCCGCCCCCCAGACACUUCUAACCAAUGAGAGAACAUCUGGCUUUCGGUGAAUGCAGCCACUGGUCUUCAGUCUUCUGAAAGGAGUUCACACUUUCCCUGUUGCCUUAUGAGUCGUGUAAAGUAGCUUUCGUUGCAGUUGUACUCUGCCCGUUCUCCUAACACACCACAUAUGUUUGUAACCAACCCAAACGUCCCAGACCGGGCCGACACUUCUGAACUAAACUGAAGUUCAGAACCAAACUGAACCUUUCAAAACCACUUCAGAAUUUACCUAAACCAUUUCAAUGUCAACCUAAAUCAGUUCUGAAUAAAACAGCUAUAGAGUGAACAGUAACAUCGCAAAACCACCUUAAACAAGAUCCAAACCAACCAAAACCAGUUCAGAACCAACUACACCACAUUAUAGUUGGAGGUUAAUUGCAAACAAGUUCUGAAUCAAUUUGAGCUAGUUUAGAGCCUAAACCAGUUCAGAACCAGCCCAGACCAGUUCUCACCCUUUAGUUUCUGCAGUUACAGAGUUAGAGCGCCUUCCCCUCGUCCGCCGGUGUUCAGACAAUCAACGUUUUGAUGAGAAGUUGCUGUCUCGUUAUCGACUGUUUUUAUUGGUCGGAUUUACAAUCAAAGUCCAUUCGAUUCAUGAGAGAAACUGCAGACAGUCGAACACACGUCUCCACUGUUUAAUGCUGCCUUAAACCAGUUCAGAAUCAAACUAAACCAGUUUAAAGAAAGGUCACUGUAAAGCUUCAGUGUGUAACAUUAAUAUAAUAUUCAUCGGUAUGUUUUCAUCAUAAUCAGCUGAAAAUAAGAAGCGUGUUUUUGUUACCUCAGAAUGAGCAAUGGGGUUGCAAAAUGCAACUACACCACUAGAUGGCACCAAAUCCUACACACUGGACCUUCAGAACCAGCUGAAAUUUAUACAGUUCAGAACCAACUGGAACCAGUUUAAAGCCUGUCCUGAAUGAUCUAAAUGAUGCUGUCAGUCUAUCGCCUGGCGGGCUGAAACGUCAACGGUGUUCAGUUGUUUGGGGUCGCAGUUCAGCUUUCCUUCCUGUGUUCGGGUGGUUUUGUUGCUCUGAAGCUUUUGUCACUGAUGUUGAAUAAACUCAAGCCUUUCUUAAGCUCUUAAUAAACCAAGUGAAUCUGUUUGUCAGCAAA